AUGGUCGCCGCCGCCGCCGCCCUCGCGCUCGCCCUCGCGGCCCUGCCGCUCGCCGCCUCGGCCGAGACGGUGCUGGGCGUCUACAUCUUCCACCGCCACGGCGACCGCACCGCCAAGUCGACCCCGCCCACCUACCUGACCGCCCUCGGCGCCGAGCAGGUCCACGCCUCGGGCGCCUACUACCGGGGCCGGUACGUCGCCGCCAACGCGACCUCGCGCAUCCAGGCCCUGAGCCCCGACGUCGCCGUCCUCUCGCAGCUGGCCGUCACGGCGCCCGUCGACAGCGUGCUGCAGAACUCGGCCUCGGUCUUCGCGCAGGGGCUCUACCCGCCCGCCGGCGACGCCGCGCGCCAGACGCUGGCCGACGGCACCGUCGCCGAGGCGCCGCUCGGCGGGUACCAGUACGUGCCCGUCAACGGCAUCGCGACGGCCGCCAGCUCGGCCUCCUCGGAGGACUCGGAGUGGCUGCAGGGCGGGUCGGGGUGCGGCAACGCCGUCGUGAGCUCCAACGCCUACUUCGCCAGCCGGCAGUAUCUCGACACCCUGGCCGGCACGGCCGACUUCUACAGGCGCCUCCUGCCCGUCGUCAACCGGACCUUCUCCGAGAGCCAGCUCAGCUUCAAGAACGGCUAUACCAUCUUCGACCUGAUCAACGUCGCCCGCAUCCACAACAGCACGAUCCAGUCGGCCGACCUCGUGACCGACGACGUCUUCCACCAGCUCGCCACCCGCGCCGACCAGCACGAGUGGGGGCUGGCCUUCAACGCGUCCGAGCCCGUCCGCGCCAUCGCGGGCUCCGUCCUCGCGGCGCAGGUCCUCCAGACCCUCAACGCGACCCUGCAGGCCCCGGCCACCAGGGCCGCGACGACGCGCAUGGGCAUCCAGUUCGGCGCCUACGGCACCUUCAUGGCCUUCUUCGGCCUCGCGCAGCUCCCCGCCGUCAGCGACGACUUCACGGGCGUCUGCGGCUACGCCUCGUCCAUGGUCUUUGAGCUCGUCACCAACGCCACGACCGCCACCACCGAUGCUGCCUCUCCCGUCGACCCGGCCGACGUCUCCGUGCGCUUCCUCUUCAGCAACGGCUCCGCCUCCGCCGGCCACGAGCCCGUCGCCUACCCGCUCUUCGGCCGGCGCGAGACCCUGCUGCCGUGGAAGACCUUUGCCGACGAGAUGUCCAAGUUCGCCGUCGGCGACACGCUCGACUGGUGCAAGGCCUGCGGCAACACCACGGGCGUGUGCGCGGCGGCUGCUGCCGCGGGUGGCAGCGGCAGCGGCGCGGGCUCGGCCUCGGCCUCGGGCAGUGACGGCGAAGGUAUGUCGCGCCCUGUUGCGGGUGUCAUCGGCGCGCUCGUGACGCUGGCCGUGAUUCUGGGUAUCGAGGCGCUUGUGAUGCUCGUCGGCGGGCUGCGGCUCGUCAAGAAGAGCGUUGCUGCUCGGGGCAAGGCCGCCGAGGCUGGCCAUGCCUAA